AUGGCUAUACACAAGAUCAUCUUGGCUUCAUUUCAAAUCUGCUUACUUAUCCAGUUUAGUCAUGGUGCUACCAAAGAAAGGCUCUUCUCUGACCUGGAGAAAGGUGCACUUGACGUCACCGCUAAACCCAGCCGACAAGGCGUUUUGGAUGCCGGAAUCGACAAGUUGAGCAUUACAUGGAAGCUAAGCUCGACAGCUAAAACGCAGGCUAGUUUUAAGACCAUCAAAGUAAAGCUAUGCUACGCACCGGUCAGCCAAGUUGACCGACCAUGGCGCAAGACUGAAAAUGAACUCUUCAAGGACAAGACCUGCCCACACAAGAUCAUCACCAAGGCCUAUAAUAAAUCCUCUCAAUCAUUCAAAUAUACCCUCGAACGCGACAUCCCAACCGGGACCUACUUCGUUCGUGCCUACGCAGUUGAUGCCAAAGACCAUGAAGUUGCCUAUGGACAAAGCACGAAGGAGGCCAAGACAACCAAUCUAUUCAGCGUUCAGGCUAUCAGUGGUCGCCACAAGUCCCUUGAUAUUGCCUCCAUCUGCUUCAGCGUCUUCGCUGUCCUGGCUCUGCUCGUCUUCUUCGUCAACGAGAAGAGGAAGGCCAAGAUAGAGCAAAGCAAAUGA